CAAAAACCUAAGAAUCAUCAGAGGGAGGUGAAAAGAGAGGGAUGCAUAGAUUCAGUAACACAGUCAUAGGCUUCUUGAACCUCUUCACCCUCUUGGCCUCGAUACCAAUAAUUGGUGGUGGGCUAUGGAUGGCGAAGAGCAGCACAACAUGCCAGAGUUUCCUCCAGACGCCGCUCCUAGUCAUAGGUUUCAUCGUCCUCAUCGUCUCCCUGGCCGGUUUCAUCGGGGCAUGUUUCAGCAUCUCGUGGGCCCUCUGGGUGUACCUCGUGGUCAUGCUGUGCCUCAUAGCCGCUCUCAUGGUCCUGACCGUCUUCGGGUUCGUAGUCACUGGCCGUGGCGGCGGUGUGCCAGUGCCAAACAAGAGUUACAAGGAGUACCGGCUUGGGGACUACUCGUCCUGGCUGAGGAAAAAGGUCGAGAAUCCUCAGUACUGGAGCAGAAUUAAGAGUUGCAUAAUGGGCUCCAAGGCUUGUGCAAAGAUUGUGACAUGGACUCCUCUUGAUUACACGGUCAAGGGCAUGUCUCCUAUUCAGUCGGGAUGUUGUAAGCCGCCGACUGCAUGCGUCUACAACGCGGGGACUGCAGUAUCACAAGACCCGGACUGCUACAAGUGGAACAACGUGCCAUCCAUAUUGUGCUACGAUUGCGACUCAUGCAAGGCAGGAGUGCUGGAGGACGUGAGGAGGACCUGGCACAAGCUGUCCAUGGUCAACAUAGUGAUGGUGGUGGUGCUGAUCUGCAUCUACUCGGUCGGGUGCUGUGCCUUCCAGAACUCUAAGAGGGCCGAGACUGAUUAUCAGUAUGGACAUAACCGAAUGAGCAAAAUCCGUCCCAGAUGGGACUACUAUUGGUGGAGACUCUGGGAUGACAGAAGAAACCGACUUUACUAGCUUAAGUUUUCCGUAUUGUUUUUUUGUCUAGUGAAGAGAUAAUGAGGGCAAAACCAAAAGAGAGAAAAAGUCAUAUUUAAUAUCCUUCUUUCUUCUCCCUUCUCUUUCCUCUUUUCCUUUUCCUUUUUCUUUUUUGUGGGUCUCCUAUUUUAUUUCUUUUUUUGGGCGUGAAAAUUAAAAGGUGGUCAGAGACAAAAUUUGCAGGGGGCUAUGGUCUCAACCAGGGUGUCGCUGGUCUUCUUUUUUUAGUAGAUUCCCUGGCUUUUUGUAUAUAAUAUCCGGUUUGAUAUGCGAGAAUACAAUGGAUGAAAUAUAAUGUCCAUUUAUUCA